AUGUUUGCAUCAAUAUUGGGAGCAUCAAGACAUAUAUAUAAAAAGAACCUACUACAAUGUAAUCGUUUUUAUAAAACAAUAACCAUGGAUUGGAAGCCAAUGAAAGCAGUACCUGGAGCAUUAAGAACAUUAGAUGCACAAGCAAAAGUACCAACAAUUCGUAAAGUAAUACUUGGUUUAAUGUACGGUAUGCCUAUAAUUUCAUUCUUUCUUGGAUGUUGGCAAGUUCGUAGACUUCAAUGGAAAACAAACCUCAUUUCAAAAUGUGAGAAUAAUCUCGCAGCUCCAAUCAUACCAGAAUUACCAAAAAAUUUAGAUCCAAACGUGAUUCCCGAAUUUGAAUAUAGACGAUUUAAAGUCAAGGGUCAUUUCAACUAUGAUCAAGAAAUUUUCUUAGGACCCAGAUUAAAAGAUGGAGUUGUGGGGUAUCUUGUUGUAACUCCAUUUAUUCGAUCAAAUGGUGGAAAACCAAUUCUAAUUGAACGUGGUUGGAUACAUAAAGAUAAAGUCAUACCGGAGACAAGAUCCAAGGGCUAUUUAUCACAUUUGGCUUUACCAAAAGGUGAGAUUGACAUUGAAGCAUUAUUUAGAAUCAUGCCCAAAAAAUCUUAUUUACAAAUUGAUCAUGAGGAUGGAAGUAGAUUAUUUAAUAUUCCAGAUGUUGAGGCGAUGGCAAAACAAAGUAAUUCGUUACCGAUAUACUGUCAAAUGAUAUAUGAUUUACAUGAUCAUAAAGAAUACAGAAAAGAAGAAAAAAAGAAUGAAAAUGGCUCAAUAUUGUCAAAAUUGUUUUUCAAAAAACAAUCAAGUGAAGGUGGAGUUAAUCUUUCAGAUUUAGGUGAUUCUGACUCAACCUUACAGUAUCAAGAGUUUGAAUUUGUUAAUGAAGGUGUUCCACUCGCAGCUAAACCAUAUAUCAAAUUUACUAAUAAUCAUUUACAAUAUUUAAUUACCUGGUUUGGUGUGUCUAUUUGUUCUACUAUUGCUUUGGUUUAUUCAAGUUGGAAAUCAAGGCAAUUUUCAAGUGUUGAUAAAAUAAUAGCAAGUAGAAGAAAAGAAAUGAAGAAGAUUCAUUAA